UUUAUCUAAAUUUAAGCUGAUGCAAGUGGAUAUUUCCAGCCGAAAGGAAGUAGACCAAACCCACACCCCACAAUGGCCAAGUUUCUUCACAUGGCACUGAUGUUCGGCAGCUCCAAGCUAGCCAACAGCAAUUUUCGAUAUGACGCUACGUCGCCUGGAGCGGAGCAGAUUCCACAGAUGAAGCGGGAACUGCCAACGCGGAACAUGUGCCUGGCCGCCAUCAAAUCGAACAAGUACGAUGUCCUCAUCAUUGGCGGCGGCGCAGUUGGAGCGGGCUGUGCCCUGGACGCGGCCACGCGAGGCCUCAAAACGGCCCUGGUCGAGGGCGACGACUUCGGCAGCGGCACUUCAUCCAAGUCCAGCAAACUCUUGCACGGCGGCUUCAGGGACUUGGAACAGGCGAUAAGGCGCUUCGAUCGGGCCGCUUUUCGGCGCGUGCAGAGCUCUCUGAUGGAACGAAGCAAAAUUGGGAAUCUGGCGCCGCAUCUCAACCAGCCUGUGCCGAUCAUGCUCCCAAUACAUCGUUGGUGGCAGGCACCGCUCUACUACCUGGAGCUCAGCCUGUACCACAUGCUGGCUCCCAAGGGAACAAAGAGCUUUCAGUACAUCAGCGCCGACGAGGCCGUGGAUAUAUUUCCAAUGAUGCGAAGAGGGGAUCUCUUUGGAGCCUUCGUUUUCUACGAGAAGCAGUAUGACGAUGCGCGCAUGUGCCUCUCAGUGGCACUGACGGCUGCCCGCUACGGAGCUGACAUCUGCAACCACAUGAGAGUGGAAAGGCUGCUCAAGAACAGCGAUGGAAAUAUUGCCGGGGCCCAGGCCGUUGACCAGUUAACGGGCAAGUCGUACAAGAUAAGGGCGAAGAUAGUCAUAAAUGCCACCGGGCACUUGAGCGACAGCGUGCGCUUGAUGGAGGACCCGAUGGCAGAGCAGCUAUGCACCACCAGCUGGGGUUCUAUUGCCGUCUUUCCACGCUUCUACUGCCCCGAGCAUGUGGGUGUGUUUGAUCCGCACACGAAGGACGGUGGAUCGAUAUUCUUUCUGCCUUGGCAGGGACACACUCUCGUGGGAACCAGCGGCGAGGCCUGCGAUGUGUCUGGAAAUACGUCUGCCCAUCCGCAGCCGUCGGAGCGAGAGGUGCAGUGCCUGCUGGACGGAAUCAAGCACUUUGUUAGCCCAAACUUCGAUGUGCGCCGGUGCGACGUUCUCGCAGUUUGGGGCGGCUUCAGGGCAAUGCCCGUGGAAUCGGCUUCACUGAAAAACACCCUAUUGAGGAAUCACGUCGUCAAUCUGGGUCCCAGGAACAUGGUGUCCAUUGUGGGCGGCACCUGGUCCUCGUUCCGCAUGCUGGCCGAAAAGGCGGUCAACGCUGCCAUUAAAUUCGGCAAUAUAGACGUCCUCCGGCCAGACUCGGUGACGGCGGACGCUUGCAAGCUGGAUGGGGCCAGUGGCUGGUCCCCAAGGAUGUUCAUACGGUUGGUGCGGGACUUUGGCAUGGAGCGCGAUGUCGCCGAGCACCUCUCGAACACGUACGGCUCCAAUGCUUUCAAAGUAGCCGUCAACGCCACGAGUAGCGGCAAAGGGUGGCCCAUUGUUGGAAAGAGGCUGCACUCGGAGUUUCCCUAUAUAGAGGCCGAUGUGAAGCAGGGCGUGAGAGACUAUGCCUGUACCCUCGUGGACAUGGUGGCCCGCCGUCUUCGCGUGGCAUUCCUCAAUGUGCAGGUGGCCGACGAGAUCCUGCCGCAGGUGGCGAACAUAAUGGGCCGCGAGCUGAAGUGGUCCAACGACCGCAGGACUAAAGAGAUUGACGAGGCGCGCAGAUUUCUCAACACCCAAAUGGGCCAGCUGAGCGGCGAUCCUGUUCACCUUAGCGUCCCCAUUAAGAUGGCCGUGCGGCAGGUACAGAAAUAUGUGAGCCACUUCAGGACCAUGGACGAGAACAACACCGGCUAUGUGACGAUCAGCGACUGCUGCAAAGCGAUGAAGACGAUGGGUGUCAAGGAGGUGCCCGUCGAUCUGAUGCACAACGUCCUGCGCGACAUCGACUGCCACGCUCAGGGAAAGGUGAAUCUGUACGAGUUCCUGCUGCUCAUGUCGGCCGUAGUACAAGGGGAUACCGAAUACUUGCGUUACGCCAAGAUAUGCAUAGACCAAAAGCUCGUGUCUGUGAGCAACCAACAUCACCGUGCAGUGCCAGUAGAGCGGGCAUGCGGUGGACCUUAAAACUAUGCGGGAUGGAGAGUGUCCAAUGCCUGGGCAAUGGCGAGCGAUCCUUAUAGAGCAUUUCACGUAGGAACGGAUCCUUUGGGACCGAGACCAUAAAUAUAGUUUAUUUUAAACAUUCCAAUUCACACACAAU